UCCACCGCGGUAUAUGUAGUUUGUAUUUCGUGAGGUUACUCGUGUUAACACGAGUGCGUGAACUACAUUCCCCAAAAGGCACAGCGUUGUAUUUGUAUCCCUUGCCUUUAAACCCCGAUGACAGCCCGAGGAUGGAGGCAGUUUUAGCAAAGUAUGAAAACAAGAUCAACGCAUUCUCUGAGUAUCUAGAAGACCUUCCAGACACCGCAGAGCCUGUGUGGAUUUUAGGGGCACGCUACAAUAUCAGAACAGAUAAGUCUGAGCUGCUGGCAGAUGUUCGGUCGCGGCUAUGGUUCACAUACAGAAAAAAAUUCUCUCCCAUUGGGGGGACGGGCCCCUCCUCGGACGCAGGCUGGGGGUGCAUGCUGCGCUGCGGACAGAUGAUCCUGGCACAGGCUCUGCUGUGCUGGCGCCUGGGCCGAGACUGGCGCUGGGGGCAGGAGGGAGGCGAGCCGGAGGAGUACAGGCGCAUCCUGCAGUCGUUCCUGGACAGGAAGGAUUGCUGUUACUCCAUACACCAGAUGGCUCAGAUGGGGGUCGGAGAGGGCAAAUCAGUGGGAGAAUGGUACGGCCCAAACACAGUCGCCCAAGUACUCAAGAAACUUGCACUGUUUGACGACUGGAACUCCCUUGCAGUGUAUGUGUCAAUGGACAACACGGUCGUCAUCGAGGACAUCAAAAAAUUGUGUCAGCAGCCUGGCCGGGGCAGGCUGAGGACAGAAGCUUGCGGUUGGGGGGAGCCGUUUGCCACCACCGACUCUGUGGAACCAGGAAGUUCUCAAACACCUGGAAACCAUGUGACUUCCUGUCCCCACCCCCACACACGCUCUUGUUCUGAAUGGAGGCCUCUGCUGUUGAUCAUACCUCUCCGUGUGGGAAUCAACCACAUCAACCCUGUUUACAUUCAGGCUAUCAAGGAGUGCUUUAAGAUGCCUCAGUCGCUGGGCAUGCUGGGAGGGAAGCCCAACCUGGCCUACUACUUCAUCGGAUUCAUUGGCGAGGAGCUGAUCUACCUGGACCCCCACACCACGCAGUCAGCGGUGGAGUCUGAGCGUGGCGUCGCCGUGGACGACCACAGCUACCACUGCCAGAGGACGCCGCGGCGCAUGAAGGCCCUGAGCCUGGAUCCUUCCGUUGCGCUGGGCUUCUUCUGUAAGAACGAGGAAGACUUUGACAGCUGGUGUCACCUGGUUCAUCAGGAGAUUCUGAAAAAGAGGAACCUGAGGAUGUUUGAGCUGGUGGAGAAACACCCCCCUCACUGGCCCCCCUUCGUUCCUCCAACCAAGCCAGAUGUCCAAACUACAGGAGCUGAGUUCAUUGAAUCGACCGACAAGCUGUUUGAAUCAGAAGAAGAGUUUGAGAUUCUUAACGUUUGAGAAGCUUCGCCUCCGCUUCAUCUUGCCGAAGGUGAGGGCGAAGACCAGUCGGGCUGCUCCAGGCCUGACCUGCUCUGCGAGCCGGUGUGUCCGUCCCGCCACAGAAGUGCCUCAGAAACACACGGACACAAGCAAAAGCCUGCUACCAGUGUGCAAAAAACCGCAAUAAAACUAAACUACGCAAACAUAGGAAAUAAACAAAAUGGACUCCAGUGCAAGACUGAGAAGGAGUGCGCCUUCCGCUCGCGUGAGGAAGUCCUCAGAUUCUGGCUGCUCAGUAGGAACAUAGCAUCUACAGCCUGCGGUUCGCAGUGGGCUGAUGUAAAGACUGCCUUAAGGUCUCCUCAGCGCUUGUGCUUUGUCAUACUGCAGACGGCUGACUGCACUGUCAGGGACCUUGUGGAGGAUAGUUGCAAAGAUGACUGUAUCUCUGGAAAAGCCAUCACCUCAAACUACUGUAUUCUACCUCCUGCCUCCAGGAGACUUAAAUAUGCAGAACACCUUUCAGUGUUAAAAACAACAAGAAAACUAAAACCACAGGACAGCUUGUACAGUAUAUGGUAAAAAGUGCCUCAUUGAAAUAUAUAUUUAUAUGCUCUUUAAUGGUUAGGUUAAGGUUUUUAGUUAACUGAAGGGUAAUGUUGCAUACGCCUUCCCAGCAUACUCUUGUAAAUAUGGCUGUUAAUAAAGAUAUUUAAUACACCUUAA